AAUUCUCUUCACUCCACACACACACACAGACACACUUGUACUACUAAGUACUGUAUUAGGUUUCCGGGUGCCUAAACAAAAAAAAAUGAAGGGCCAAGAUGCAGCCACCGCGAUACCAACAUCAGUACCGUCCCCGCGGCCGUCGACAACAGGGAAGAAAGAUGGCUCUGUAGCUGCUGUAAUUGGUCAGAGUGGGUACAAAUUCUGGGCUUUGGCCGCCCUCCUCCUCCUAGCCUUCUGGUCCAUAUUCACCGGUUCUGUUUCCCUCAAAUGGUCCUCUACCGAUCUAACUAGAUUCUCUUCCCACGAUGCCGAUUUCGCUGUCCACGACGAUCUCGACAUCCUCGAAUUGGAGGAGAGAGAGAAGGUAGUGAGGAAGAUGUGGGAUGUGUACACCCAGAGACCUAACGCGCCGCUGACGAGGUUCUGGCUGGAGGCUUUUGAAGCUGCAUACGAGUACUUAUCCAGUGAUGUUCCCGGAAUACGAGAUGCCGCCGUUUCUGAGAUCGCCAAACUAUCCAUGCGCUCCGUCAAUCUCGAUCCCCUCUCUGUUCAUUCCGUGAGUACCACGCAAGAGAAGCAAGAGCAGAAAAACAAGAAGAUAUCUGCAUUUUCCUUGUAAGCAUAGCAGGAAAAAAAAUUGAGAUCGAACGUACAAAAGUCACUCUUGAAAAACAGUGAGCAUAAAUAAGAUGAGAUAUAUCCAUCUACAAAUUUUCUCCUACAAUGUCGAUGCUGAUGUAUUACAAUAUUUAGAAUGCUGAGAGCCUGAAACCAAAGUGCUUACACGAUUGAUAAGCGUGCAUUUGUAGCGUUUAUGAAUGUAAUGGGAAAUUGAAGUUUGUCCCAGUUGAGCAAAGAUUGGAACUUGACCACACAAGAUGCAGAAAAGAUUUAGCUUUGAUUAAAUUCUGUGCCUAACU